CUCCGCGGGGCAGCCGAGGGGGACGGCCCAGUCUGGAGGGUUUCACACAGCGCUGAGUAAAAAUAGCGUCGUCACUGGGAUCCGCGGCCCUGCGGGAGUGAGUCGAGAGAGCCCACCGGCCCAGGCGGCAGCCUGGUGCCUCUGCCCCGUUCCCUUCUGCCCGGGCAGCCGCCCCCGGCUGAGGGGAACCGCACCAGCAGCGCCCGGGGCAGGCAGGAGGGCAGAGGGGGAUGCCGGGCCGCCAGGGCCCCUCUUGCAGGUGCCCGCGUCUCCUCGUCACUGCUGUCACCAGUUGGCUCUCUCCUGCGGCUGCCGGGUUUGCCUUGCCGCACCCGCUGGUGAGGCUCCCAGGCGGUGGCGGUGCCAGUAGCUGUACGAGGCUGUGAGGAGCUGAGGCCUAGUGGGAAACGCUGGAAGUGAGGCAUCCUCCAUCUGUUGGGGUUCCCCCCUCCUCCGGCUUUUCUGUUUACCUUACGUAAAUUACUAAUCUCGGUUAUACUAGUACUGGCCCCGAAUUCCAUUUUUUGUCCGUGAGACCUAUACCUGCUUGGCUUUGAGAUUCAGAAGUUCAGAGUAUUGUUCUUUGGGUGGAAUGUGCUUUGUUUUGCUCUGCAUUUCGUGAGGAGCAUCACUUCUUGAAUGGUAAAACUACUUAGGAUGUUAAACCUACAUCUCCUAAAAGAUGAUGAGGGGUGUGUGUGUCCAUUAAAUCACACAAAUAUUUGAUUCUUGAUAUUGGAAAAACUGUUUCUUAAUUUUUUUAACUUGUGCACCAACUGAAUGGUAAACUUUUGCCACCUUUGAAGUGGUUUGCAAUGGCAGCAUCGCAUGUCGAGAAAGGUCACGCAUGCAUGGUAAUUUUGCUGAACACACUGGAUAUAUUUCCUGUAUAAAGUUGUAUUACAAGCUUGAGAAGCAGAAAUUACAGUGAAUGAUGCGUUAAUCUGUAAGGUAGACACUUUGGAUGAUUAGAUGUCAAGUGGAUAUUUGCAGCUCCACUAGAUCAGGAAGGAUGAAGCUGAAAAUAUUUUACUUUCAAGGCUAUCUAGGAGAAUUCAGUGUUGCAGUGCUGUAGAAACGUCUGUAUUUGAAAUGUUGGACUUGGGCUGUCUUGAGAGAGAUAAAAUGCAGUAGAAAACAGUCAUUAGGUUGUGGGCUGUGAAAAACUUAGGCAGAGGAAGGAAAACUUUCGUGUUGUGGAAAGAGGGGAACUUACAAACAAUGUCUGACAGCUCUAAAGUAAGAACUUAAAGCCCUCCAGGUUUGUUUGUUUGUUUUUUUCCUUUUUGAUACUGGAAGAAAGACUAUAUUAAGAAUACUUAUUCUUUAAUUUCAGAAUUUGAAGAUAUAAAUAUCUGAUGUUUGGGUAGAUGACUUCUCAAAGCACACUUGAUUUUCACUGUAAGGGUAGAGAUACUGCCUUUGUCAUAGAUAUCUUGUAUUCAACAUAACAGUUAUUGGAGUAAAAAAAAUAAUUUGAGAACAAAUUAAGGAAUUCUAGCCACCUAAAAAUCUUUUUUUGGUUGACUUAUCACAGUGUCUUCUAGGAUCUACAAGAAUUAGACAAGUAGAAUCUCAUCCCCACCAUAGAAACUUAUUUCCAAAGAAGAAAAAAAUCUAACAUUUUAGAGUUCAUCUGAAGGCCUGUGAGGGUAUGAGAAACUCAAAUGAAAAAUAGAGUACAAGAAGUCAGUUGCUCAUUUUACUGUGACCUGGGGUAUCUUCUGAAUUGUAAGAUAGAGCCAUAUAGCCCACCCAUACCUUUCUUUUUUCUGCAACAGAGUUGAGCUCAGUUGUGCAAAACAUAGCCAGUCCAGUAUAUUUGUCCACAGAGACAAUUUGGUGAGGCAAUUUGUUCAUGCAUGCAAAACCCCCUCAUAUUUAAUAAACUUAGUACAAUAUCCUGCAUUUACACUAGCCCUACAUUCAGUUGUAUCGCCAUAAAUGCCUUGUUGCUUUCUGAAGUUUGAUAUUGUUCCAAACAUCUGUGCUGAAUGGAUGAGUUCAUGUUACCUUGGAAAGUCUCCUGGGAAAAGCCAAACUGCAGUAACUUCUUCUCUACCUCCAAAGGAAUUUUUUUUAUUAUUUGGGGCUUAUCCAAAAAUCCCUCCUGAUUCCCAAGGAGUAGUGCUUAGGAAUGAUGUGUAGUGGGGGAUUAUCUUGUGCAGGUUAAUACUUUGGAUAGUCAUAGGAGUUAACUGACUAAUUUCCAGAAAGUUUGUUUGGUCUAGCUACGUUCCAUGUGCUUUGCAACAGAGAUGAAAAUAACUGACCAAAAUACCAAAGUGGUGAUAAGGGCAGCCUUUAAAGCACUGAUUUGCUGUAUUUAUCACCAUUUGACCCCCCCCGGCCACACAGGAAGGAACUCAGCCCUAGAGUGAAGUACAACAUCACUACCCGUUUCCUUUUUAGUAAGUAUUAAAAGGAUUCUUCCUGUCAGGAUAGUUAAGCUGAAGAGAAGCAAUGCUAUUAAAAUGAGUUGCUUCUCUGGUGAAGAUAGACCUGUGUGUUUGUUGCUGGCACAUGAAACAUAACUGUGAUUCAGUCAUGAUUUCUGUAGCUAGAAAAUAUGCAGUAUAUUUCAAGUACCCUUAUUCCCUCUUGGGCAAACAGAACACAUGCUUAUGUAAGGAAAUUUGUUAUAAAAUUUUCAACAAGGCAUUAAAAAGAGUAAUUUGUAAGAAAAUACUACGAACAAUCACAUUAAGACCUGAUUGCACGUAGUUAAUCUUGUGAUAUUAUUGACUUCUCACUAUUGAUUAUAGGUGACAAAGUAAAUAGACUAAUUGCAUCAUCUGGCAUUUGGGAGUUUGCAUUCAAGCCUCUUUGCUUUAAUCUGCUUGGAAUGAUUUAUAACGAAGUUACUGCUGUCUUAUUUAAUAGCUAGAUCUGUGUUGGACCAGAUUAAUUACUUUACAAUGUCAUAAAUGUACAUGUAAAGCUUGUAGAUUAGAUCCUUGCUGAAAUCUUUGGGAGAGGUUUGAAUUACGUGCUGUGAAGUGUUGAUGAAACAAUCUUUUUCAGUUCAUUUUAAUCUGUCAUCGCUGUAUACAGUUUACAAAAUUAUUAAUUCCUUGAAAGCUGGAAGGCAAAAAUAUCACAGGUGAACUUAAAGUUAAUUCUAAAGUAAGUAAAAACUUGUGGUGGGAAAAUGCAUAGCAUUCUAUCCUCUAGAGGCCCUUCUUCUGUACCCUUUUUGUCCUCAUCUGACAGCAGAUCCAAAACAGGAGUUGUCUUUGCAGCAGUUAACUUCCAGUACUUGCCCUGACUGAAAUUCAGAACAUGUGUUGGGUAUGUGGGCUGCUUGUGAAGUUCAUGGAGAUAAGGAGGACUUCAGAAGAGAGGCAGCGAGCAGCCUGCAAAUAGAGCACUUAAACUGUACAGCUAGUCAUUGAGGAUGCACCAAAACCAGGAAUGGGUCUUGUAUGUUUUAGCCAGUGGUGGUUUAAUGUAAAACAUAGAAACAGCUGUGAACUUGAGUGUUGGCCUGCUUCUGAAGUGAGUGUGCUGGCUGCUAGCUGCUUUGCUUCUGGACCCAGGGAUCCUGGAUUGCUCGCUACUGUCAUGCGUGGUUUCAGGACUCAGGUAAUACUAGUCAGAUAAUCAUAGAAAGCCUGUUAAAUGUGGCUGGUGUUUCUCUUCUGAUUCUGUGUAGUGCUUCAUUCAUUUCAUCAUCUUUGGGGUAGCACAUAUUUUAAACUAUAUAGUACAGAUGUAUUUUUUUUCAGCUUGCGAAUGUGCAUCUAACACUUGCAGUAUGAUAUCACAAGGUGUUGUCUUGCACUUGUUUCUAAGAUAUUUAGACAUUUCUUUAAGGAUUAUGUGGAAUUUAUUGUUAAGUGUGUUUUACUUCACCUGGAGCAAUGGAGACAUUAUCAGCCAUGGUUGUGGCACAGUUGUAUGUAGCCAGCCUUCCAAACUGGGUGUUUUUUCCCCUGUGCAUAGCAAUAACGGGUUUGUCUGACAAUGCUUCCAGCCUUUUAAUUUGUCCUGUGUCUUUUUUAACUCUUGUAUGAAGCUCAGCUGUUUACACUUUUAGUAAAUCUCUUCAGCAUCUCUUUAUGAAUCAUUUAUUCUUACAGAUGCAUUUAAAACGAUCCCUUCGUUAGGGAAGGGUCUCCUCCCUCUCUGCAUACUGGAGUUGCAAGGUUUUGGGGUUUUAAGGGUUUCCAAAUGAUGUCUUAGCUUCCUCUCUCUGAAAAUAUUUGCUUUAUUUUUUUUCCAAUUUGACUUCUUACCCUGGUUUAUUCUCCUUCCAUUUAUUUUGUUUCCUAUUUCUACUUUCCUAUACAGUAUUUUGUUGACAAAACUCUUGGCUUGGUGUUGAAUAAAUUGCCUUCUCUCUAUGCUGGCUCUUGCCUUCCUGUCAUAGCUAUUUUGAGUUUAAGUACUUGUUAGGAUCCCUACCUAAGGAUAAAGUAAAAUGAAAUGUGAGCUAAUGUACUAGCGUGCUGUUGCCAGAAGGGAGAUGUUCUGUUUCUUCUACAAUCCCCUUCCUACAUCUCCCAUCUUUGAACUUCCCCUACUUAUUCUCUGGCACUCAACAGACUCCUGUAUGUAUUGAUUCAGCUCACUGGUUGCAGAACAUAAACCCAGCUGCAUUAGGGAAUUAAAUCACCUCAGCAAAAGGUCCAAAGAGUUGAAGACGGCUAUGCAGGAUCAUGUGGCAGAGAAAGGGAGAGAAAGACAGACCUGUGGUGUCACUGAGCAGUUAGAUUGGCUUGUAUAAUUUCAUGUUAGAAAUGUAAUUUGAGAAUAGAUUUAACUGCUCUAAGUUGGGGCUGCUCCACCCUCAGCUAUGUCUUUCCCUCUGUCUUUUGCCGUCACAGUUCUGUCCGUGUCUCUGCAAUGGAACAAUUCAGGGAACUGAACUGGAAAAAAGUGACUUUUUGUCAAGGUUAGUUUUCAUGUAGUUUCAUUACCUUACAAGGAGUCCGGGUAGCCACUGGAACUCCACUGGAAGGAAUAGGGUCUGGAAGGCAUGGCAGAAGGCAGGGGAAGCAGCAGUGUCACAUAAUCAGUUCAUGCUGUCUUAGAACUGCAUCGUUACAGAGGCAGUAGCACAACGGAGGGUGAUGUGUGCUGAGGACUUGCUUACUUGACAGUAUUGUGGUUAGAUAUGAUACUUCAUUCCCUGCAAAACUUUUUACUGUGACAUGAUCAUGAUCCACCUGUGUCCUUUAUAACUGGGUAUUUAGUGUGAAGAAAUGGGUUAUUAAAUUUCUUUCCAGGUGAAUAGAAGUUAAAUGAAAAUGUAGAAGCCUGCUGCGUGAGCAGUUUCAGUUCCUGUUUCUUCUUCAGUUUGUAUGAAAUAACAAACAGUUCAAAAAGGGGCAAGUCAGUGCAUGUACAACCCUUUGGGAGCACCUCGCAAGAUAAGCAAUCUGCUUGAGUGACAACAUAAUUGAAAUGGAGAGGGAGAAGUAAACAAAAUCUAACUUCUUAAAUUGUGCAAAUGAAUAAAGAGGAAGGGAAGUGGACUUGUGAGGCAGGAGAGCUUGGACUUUCAUCGUCUAGUCAGCGCUGACAGAGAGCGAACUCUUAGUAGUUGGGGAAUGACAGCGAAUGGCAUGUGUUUUCAGGGUUGGAAUGAAAAUAUGCCCGGUAAGUCAGGUCGAAUGGAUGAGGAAAUUGCAUAUGAACUCUUAGUGUAUUCCCUUACUUUUCUUUGCAUUCUGAUAUGUGGGGGAAACCGCAACAAAACUAAUUUGAAGAGAGCAGACUUUCAGGAUCUUUCCCGUGUGUGUCCUGAGCCCCUGCUUUUAAAAUCACUUUGAAAAUUUGUAAACUGCAACCUGCACCCUGGAUGCCAGCAUUGAGUGGGCACUGAAGUGUUGAUCAGUGUUGGUGACCUGACAAAGUGUGGGCCAGGUUUGACCAGCAAGCUAGAUCCCUCCAAGUGGCCAACCUUUUGCCUUAAAGAGGACAUAAGGGACGCUUUUACGUGAUAGAAUGGAUGAACAGUCACAAGGCAUGCAGGGGCCUACUGCUCCACCAUUUCAGCCACAGAAAGCCUUGCGACCCGACAUGGGCUAUAAUACACUUGCCAAUUUCCGAAUAGAGAAAAAGAUUGGCCGUGGGCAGUUCAGUGAAGUUUACAGAGCAACCUGCCUGUUGGAUGGGGUACCAGUGGCUCUGAAGAAGGUUCAGAUAUUUGAUUUAAUGGAUGCCAAAGCCCGUGCUGACUGCAUCAAAGAAAUAGAUCUUCUUAAGCAACUGAAUCAUCCAAAUGUAAUUAAAUAUUAUGCCUCAUUCAUUGAAGACAAUGAACUGAACAUAGUGUUGGAAUUAGCUGAUGCUGGAGAUCUCUCUAGAAUGAUAAAGCAUUUUAAGAAACAGAAGAGGUUGAUUCCUGAAAGAACAGUUUGGAAGUACUUUGUUCAGCUUUGCAGUGCCUUGGAACAUAUGCAUUCUCGUCGUGUUAUGCAUAGAGAUAUAAAGCCAGCGAAUGUGUUCAUUACAGCUACAGGGGUAGUAAAGCUUGGAGACCUUGGACUUGGUCGAUUUUUCAGCUCCAAAACCACAGCUGCACAUUCUUUAGUUGGUACACCUUAUUAUAUGUCUCCAGAGAGAAUACAUGAAAAUGGUUACAACUUCAAAUCUGACAUCUGGUCUCUAGGCUGUCUUCUGUAUGAGAUGGCUGCACUGCAGAGUCCCUUUUACGGUGAUAAAAUGAACUUGUACUCCCUGUGCAAGAAGAUAGAACAGUGUGACUACCCACCUCUCCCUUCAGAUCACUAUUCAGAGGAACUGCGGCAAUUAGUUAAUAUGUGCAUCAAUCCAGAUCCAGAGAAGCGACCGGACAUAACCUAUGUCUAUGAUGUAGCGAAACGUAUGCACGCACACACUGCGAGCAGCUAAACAGACAUCAGAUCGUGAAGAAAAGAGCAGAAAUAACCAAGUAUCUUAAAUAAAUCGUCCCACCUCUUUGUGUGUUACAGAAAUGUAAUUAUUUGAAGCCUGCUGUUGUGCUUUGAAUUGUAAACCAAUUUAUAUACAAGCUUUGUUGUUUUCUGUUUAUUUCUAUUUUUUGUAUUUUUUACUAACUUGUAGUUGUACAAUAGGUUUAAAUAUGUAAAGCGUAACUUUAAAAGAUACCGAGAACCACUGUUUUCCAUGUUAAGUGGGUUCAAGUAUAUUUACUUUAAUAACAAAAUUGUAUUCAGUUGGGCCUCAAUUCUAAAACACAGUUGCACUUUUGCACAUGAUACAGAUAUUAGGCUUAUUAUCCAGAAGCAAAAUGUCUGAAUCUCUCACCUUUUUAGUAAUUUAUGGAAAGUAUGAAUCAGCACAGUUAACUUUAUUUUAAUCUUUGUUCUAAGAGGAACAUAGUUAUUAUAGAAGGUUAUUGUAUUUUAUAUUGAAUUGUAGUUUGCAGUUCUCAGUGUAAGAGUAGAUGGGCGAUAAGAUUAGUUCUCUGCUUGCCAAAUGUGAUGGGAAAAUAGUUUCAGGAAAAAUUGUCAUGCUGAAAUUUUUGUAACAUCCCUUUCUCUUUUGUUAUUCUGUCAUAAUGCACAUAAAACAUUUGUUGGAGGUUUUCUGGGAAGAUUUAAGGUGUUGGUUCUGCAAUCUGAUCAUUUUCAACAGCAUUGUGCAGCACUGCCCUCGGGCAGUAGAGUCUGCAUAGUUAAGUCUUAAAACCAUGCAGAUGCUUCUUGUAGCAAAUAGGGUUCUUUUGAGGCUAGCGUUUGUGAGAAGGUCAGAUUAAAAGAUGCAGUCUUUAAGUUACAACUUCCCAACUGUUUAUGUAUAUGUCACCGUUUGUAGAUUUUUGUGUUUAAAAUAAUUUGAAUGACCUUACAGUAUAUUUUAAUCUUUUUUUUAAUACAGAAACCUUUUGGAAAAUAUAUAGUAGUGUAGUAUAACACAAAAUGUGUUCUUCGUGAAUAUCUGGAUUUGUAUACUGUGUCCUGAGAAUUAGUUUUAUAUUUAGCAAAAGUAAAUAUUAGCUUUUAUGUUUAAGAGAAAGUUGCCACUCCUUCAUUUGGGAAAUAAAUAUAUAUGCAAAAUGUCUUACAAAUACUUUAUUAGUUGAAAAGGAAAUUCAGAAUAUUUUUGUUAGACCAUAGUACCUUUUGGGGUAUGCUUAGAUAAUAUUUUUAUUGUUAAGGAAGGAAGGUGACUUGGUUUUGAAUGUGGUAAAAAUGAAGAAUGGACUGAAAUUCUUGAGAUUCAAGACUGAACUUUUUGUAGAGAACUGUCAAAACAUAAUUAUUACCAGUGAUAUUGCGAAGAAGCUGUUAGAGUCAGUUAAAUCUUUUUCCUUACGUGGGUAAAAAGAAAGAGUCAGUUAAAUCUUUUUCCUUACGUGGGUAAAAAGAAGUUAGUUCAAAUAAAAGCAGUGGUAUGUACAUACACAUAGAAGUUCUAGAUGCAGUCAGUUCCCUGCAUGCUCAGAUUUUUUUUGUUUGUUUCUCUGUGCAGCUUUAAUUUUUGAUUUGAUAUAAUGCUCAACGAAUAAAAAUUCAGCUGUGGGGUUUGUGGGUGAAAUGUUCAAGCUAGGUCACGUUUUUUCCUUAUUUUGUAUUUUUUAAAAUGACAAAUACUAUGGAAAUCGGUUUGGCAAAAUAUAGGACUUUUAAAAUAGUAUGUGCCAGAUCAUCAGCUUAUCUUAAUAUAUUUUUGUUUUAUUUUUGUUUCCAAAUUUUGUAGGAUGAAUCCUUAGUUUUCCUUCUAGCUUCUGUGUAUACUUAAUCUUGUAGGACUUCAGUGGAACAAUAUGUAGGGAGGAAGUAUUUGUGAAACCUUGGUUUGUGUCUAGCAACCUCUAGAUUUGUUUUCAUUUAUUUGAUUACUGAAUUUUAAAAAAGAUGGUAAUGUUCUAUAACAAUAGUUCAUAUGUCAUAGAAUGAAAUGGUUUGUAUUGGAAAAGGCAGCACAAUACUUGCUUGACAGCCAGGAUUAGCUCUUAAUAGGCACAAGUACUCAAACCAUUUUUUUUUCUGAAAUAUACUAGAACAUUUGAAAAACACUGAAAAAAAACCCCAGCACAGUCAGGCUAUUUGCAUCUGAUAUUAUGCAUCAAGUAUUGAACUUUUCCUGAAAGAAACCAGUAACAUUUCCCCCCCCCCCGCCUCCCCUCCUGUCUGGAAGGAUACAUUGAGUAAAGAAAUCAUGAGUUAAGAGUUAGCAAAUGUGCAUACUUAAGCAUUUAAUUUUUUUUAUUGUUUUUUUAAUAUUUAUGAUUAAAUCUUGUGCUAAGGAAAAGAAAUAGUUGUUCCUAUUUUAAAAUCUGUAAAAUGAAUGGUACAGCCGACACUGGUACCAAACUCUAUAAUUAAGAAGCCUAUAUGGGUUAAUAGAACUGCUUAUGUAACUGGGGAUUGUAGAAUCUAUUCCCUAAGUAAAGCACCUGGUAACAUAUGAAAAUGAUAAGUCUGUUAUAACACUCCUAUGUGUGCUAUACACUGAUAAAAUACUUUCCUAUAUAAAACACCAUUCUAUUUUUCAUAUGUUGUUGAUGCUGACAUUUGGCACUAUUUAUUUUAAGCUAUGGCAUUAUGUGUUUGUUUUCUUUAAAGAGAACAUGUUACAUUUCUAACCAAAAUGUCUGACUAGCUCCUCCUUUUAUUUCAGUAAUGCUACAGUAUUAACUUGCUUCAUGAGUGAACUUUGUGCUUUGAAUGACAUUGCAUAAAAUCUUUGUCUUGUCUUGAAAGCUCCCCUGCUGUGCAGUAGUCUAAUAGAAAUAAAACAUACAGAUAGUAAAUAUAAUGUAAAAAUGAUAGUGUUCCUACGAUAUUUUUUCAAACUUUUCUUGUUACAGAUAUAUAUAUAUGUUACAGUAGAUGCUACCUAGUUUGUGGACAUUUUACUGCUUCCAGUAGUUGAUUAUGGGUGAGUUUUCUUGACUGUAACAAAAGACAGUGCAUUCAAAAAAUCUUUUUUUGUAAUCUUUUGGUGAUAAUUAUUUGUCAAAAAUUUUUCUAAAACCACUACAUCAGAUAUAUUCACAAUUAACUCAAAAGACUGUUUUUAUCUAAAAUUUAAAAACAAAUUAAAAUUAUUUUCAAACCAUAGGAAAAUACCUGAAAAGCUUAAAAAUAACGAAGAGCUCCCCUUAUGGUCCCAGUCCUGUGAGCUCUUGUUUAUAGGUAGGCUGGUUUUUAUGUAAUUUCAGUAAUUUUGAAUGAACCUUGUAUACACACAUGAAUAAAUAGUAAUCAGUAGGGUAUACAGAAAUGACGUGCUCAGCUCACUUUUUACACUUUCUGUAUGUCACUGGUUUGGUAGCAGGGAAUAUUGUGUUUCUUCCCCCUCUUCUGUUGCACUCUAAUGAUCCAGCUACCAAUUGUAUGAGCAGGCAAUAGAAGUAUGUCAUCUUUUUGUAAUGAGCAGAAACUUUAAAAACAUGCCAAUAUACCAGAAGAUGAAAUACAGUAUUAGAAGUGUCUGAGAAGGCUGGUGUUUUAUUCAUGCUCAUGAUUAAGAAAGCCAUAGAGUGAAAUUCUUGACAGAGGCUUGGAAAUGGAGAAGGACUUCUUAUGCCAGUGGUUCUCAGAUAUCUCUGAAUGGGACCCAAAAUUGCAGUGAUGUUUGUUUUCAGCAAUCUGUCCACUUAAUCUCUGUCUUCUCUGUUAUACAACGAGAUGAGAAUCUUAAUGGCUGAAUUUGAAUGCUGGUGGCAAAUGCUGCAUCAGGUAUUUGAGCUUCUAGGAACAGGAGGCUGAUGUGAGGGAGAGUCAAUAAAGGCCUUCAGGUCUUGCUUUGUGGAGAGCUAAUUUAAUCUGGAAGUAAAGGUGCUGGAUAGCGGAGUUCAAAUCACUACUUUUCCAUCAUUUUUAAUACUUCUUUAACAGUCAAAAGUUUUUCCAACCCUGCCACAUCCCCACAUCAUCUGGCCAGUGCAGUGGUGGUCUUCUGAAUUUCUGAUCUCUGGUUUGGUCUGGGUGAAUAACUAACCUUUCUGCCAAGAUCACCCAAGGAGGGAAAUACAGGCACUGGGCAUGCCCAGUGGGGUGUUACUUAUGUUUCUGAACAUGACUCAAAUAUAGAUUUUUAAGGUUCUUUUUCAAACUUUACUCCCUUCCCUGAACCUUGUUCUUCAGUUGAUGCUUUUUAAAAAUUGUUUCACUUUCAUAUUCACUUCUGAAAUCCUACGAUUCCUGUCUUCCACUGUUUCUGCUUCAUCUGUCCUGUUGUCUGCUCUACCCUCUUCCUGAUUUGAAGUCCUUUGUGUCUAGUUUUCCUAGUGGCCAUUAGUUUGCUUCUUUGUGACUUUGCUAAACUCAACCCAUUUCUGUCUUCUCAAAUUUUAUCCCUCACCAUGGGCAAGCCCUAUUUUUUUUCUUUUCCCGUGGUAACUACUUAUCUCCAUUGUUCUUCAUUCUGUUUUUCCAGCCCGAUGCCUUUCAUUUCUAGUUUUAGACAGAUUUUUCUCACUGCCUCAAUCAUUCCCAUGACCUUGUCUUUACUAAAUACUGUUCACUUUAUUAUCUCUCAUUUCUAAAUUCCCUUUCUCUGAUCACUACCUGCUCUCUUUCAGCUUAUCUGUCUUUCUCUCUCCUCUACCCUGUCACUCACUCCUUUUGGGAUCUCCAGUCUAUUAACCUUUCUGACUCCUUUACUCUUCUCAGCUGCCUCCUUCCUUCAUUGGCCUCACUUCCUUUGACUCACUGGUCUUUAUUUUCAUCUCUAUCUGCUUCUCUAUACAUGGUUUCUUUGGUUGCUUCUCACAUUGCCCUGUCUCCAUUCCUCUCCCCAGACAUUUUUUCUUGUAAUUUCUUAAUCUCCAUUCCUGCCUUUCUGAAUAUCUCCGAAGAGUAUGUCAGCAGAACACAGCUUUGGACUCAGCUUUGCCUUGCCUGUUGUAAUUCUCUUUCCAAAUGGACUUUUUAACCACUUUUAUCCCACAUCUUUUUACUUGUUGAGCUUGCUUGCAGAUUUGCUGUUCAUUUAAUUCUCCAUUCAUUCUUGAUACAAAAUGUAUCUUCAAAACAAAUCUAGAUUUUUGCAUGACAAGAUCCUUUUCAAAAAUUGUUCUUUCUCAGAAUCUGUUUUGGAACUGGGCUUCUCUGCCUCUUAACUAUACAAGUUUGCCCCUUUUAUUUCUGUAUCUUUUAUACCUCUCUCAUUCCUUUAAUUGAAUUACUUUUUCCUCUUUAAAUCCUCCUCUCAUUUCCUUCACUAGCAACCAAGUUUCUCUUUCCUCUGUCUUGAAGGGGGUUGCACCCAUCAUCCUAACUCAUUCUCUUUUUUAAUACUUUGCCCUUUAUUCUCCAUUUGUCGUCCCCUAAUUUCAUGUACCUGAACAUCCUCACUCCAGUUUGUUUUCAAGUUUUUGGCUUUACACUUAAAUUUGAAUGCCCCAAAAAUCCAGUGCUUCCUUUCCCAGUUUGGUUCUUCCAUAGUUCUACCUCCAGGUGAUUUCUUGAGUAUCCAGCCACAGUCUCAGAUCUGUUCAGAUUCAAAGAUCUAAUUUUUAUUCCUAGCUCCCUCUAGACUAUUUUCUAACAUCCCUGACAAUUUUAUCUGUGAAUUUUCCAGGGCCACAACCUUUCUAUCUCUGACCCUGCUCCCAUGCCUGUGUAUCAAAUGUCUCAAAGUUAGUAGUAUCAGAUUCCAGCACUCUUCACUAUCUGUGUUCUUUCUUAUCUUUUAUCUUCACUGUUUUAACCUCUGUGUCAUUUUGACUUCUUUCCUCCCUUCAAAGUAUCAAAAUUGACAGGACUAAACUACUGUUGUUGGGCUUUAGCUGUUUCAUGUGCUGAAGGAGGAACUCCACCAAAUUACUACUUGUUUUGUGUUUUUAAGAGACUCGAGUCCCACAAAUUUGGUCUUAUUUCAAGACUGGAGAGCUGGAGUAGAUUCUAUUCCUCCAAGUACUUCGAAAGUCCUUGAAUUUGGGUGUUGAUUUAGUUUUCCACCACUUCAGAUACAAACUUUUUGCCCUUCAUUUCUUCGUGUUUGCUGUAUUUAACUUUGUCUUGUCUUGUUUCUGCACAUACAGCUAACAGUAGUUUUCUUGUUAUAGCAACUUGAUUUCAGUGCUUUUACCAUUGCUUGAAAUAAGAAUGUGCUUAAGAGCUUCACUGGCUGGAUCCAGAGUGCUAGGCACAAUGCUGCUCUUUGUUGCUGUCCCACCCUUACGCUGGCUUCUCUUCUUUGCUGCCCUCUCUAUCUUGCCUAACUGAAGAUACACUAUAGUACGCUGCAGGGUAGCGUAGGUGCAGCUGAGCCAGCUGCAAACAAGGUAGCUUGUAUACUUGAGGCAAUACUGCAAGUUCUUAUCAACAGCGAAAUGUUUAUUUGUCCUGUAGGUCUAGAACUGAGCUCUGUGCUGUACCACUACUCUAUCCACACUACCCUAAUUUCAAGCCAAAUCAGUUCUGCCUGCAUGGUGGACUGCGUGGUGUUCUGUGUAGGUGCGCUAUCUGACUUCACAGUUUUAGCAGGCUUUCAGAUUUGGAAGACUGUAUAUUUGCAGAGAUUCGCUGUUGAUCAAAUUGUCUGACCUUUGCUCAGAAUUAGUCUCAUAUAUAUAUGUUGAGAUUGAGAAGCAAAUUUCUCCAUAAAAAUAAGUAGUUUGGGGUUUUGGGACUGUAGGAUGUAGAGCUGAAUGUCAGAUUGUUUGGUGUGUGCGGGGGUAUACACACAUUUAAUCACUGUUUAUUUGCGCCAGAAUAAUUAUUUUCUUUUAGAGGCUCAGUUGCUUGUUGGCACAAAAUGAAGACUUUUUUAGUAUUUUUCAGGUUUUAUGUUUAUUCUUUGUUGCCAGUUUGUAUCAUGUCAUACCAUUAGUUAAUUUGUUCUUCUACAACUGCCUUAAUGAUGGGUGGAGGCCUUACACCUUUUGUCUAAUUGAAAUCUUCUGUUCAUAUGGAAAUAAAAAUAAAUUAAGAAA